AUGGGGCGCUGGACCGACGCGGCGGCAGCGGGCAGCGGCGCUGCAGCGGCGCGCUCGGCCGGGCCCCCUCCCGCUCCCCGGCCGCUCUCCCCCGCGUGCCCCGGCAGCGCGGCCACCAUGGCGUCCAGCGAGGACGACGGAACCGGCGGCGGCGCCUCGGAGGCCGGCGAGGACAAGGAGGCCCCCAGCCAGCGGAGGCGCCUGGGCUGCCUGGCCACCGCCUGGCUCACCUUCUACAAUAUCGCCAUGACGGCCGGGUGGUUGGUGCUAGCUGUUGCCAUGGCUCGCUUUUAUAUGGAAAAAGGAACACACAAGGGUUUAUAUAAAAGUAUUCAGAAGACACUGAAAUUUUUCCAAACGUUUGCUUUGCUUGAGAUAGUCCACUGUUUAAUUGGAAUUGUACCUACUUCUGUGCUUGUGACUGGGGUCCAAGUAAGCUCAAGAAUCUUCAUGGUGUGGCUCAUCACUCACAGUAUAAAGCCGAUCCAGAAUGAGGAGAGCGUGGCGCUUUUUCUGGUCUCCUGGACCGUGACUGAGAUCACUCGCUAUUCCUUCUACACGUUCAGCCUUCUUGACCACUUACCAUACUUCAUUAAAUGGGCCAGAUAUAACUUUUUUAUCAUCUUAUAUCCUGUUGGAGUUGCUGGGGAACUUCUUACCAUAUACGCCGCGUUGCCUUAUGUGAAGAAAUCGGGAAUGUUUUCAGUAAGACUUCCUAACAAAUACAAUGUCUCGUUUGACUACUAUUAUUUUCUUCUUAUAACCAUGGCUUCAUAUAUACCAUUGUUUCCACAACUCUAUUUUCAUAUGUUGCGUCAAAGAAGAAAGGUGCUUUAUGGAGAAGUGACUGUGGAGAAGGAUGAUUAAAUGAUCAAUGCAAACAAGGUGCUUUUUCCAGAAUAACCAGGAUCACUUGAGUCCAAGUGUUAAUAAGAAUAAACAACUUCAUAACAAUGUCAUGGACUGAAUUGUCUCUUGAAAUACAAGCGAAACACACAGUGUUUGCCAACACUUGUCUUCAUACUGUUCAUGUCUAUGUUUUCUAAGAAGUAUGCAAAUAUUAGAAACUCUUGGGUAGAUUAGAUCAUUUAGAGAAUAAUUGAAUAUAACCUGGGAAAACUUUUUUUUUUUUAACUAGUUUUACUGUUUUUGCAACAUAUGCUCAAGGCUUCUACAAUCGAAAUUAGUUUAAUAACAUUAUGGUACUUGACAGUGACAUUCAUAUUUAUAAACGAAAGCAAAUAUGGAAUUAUAACAACUUCUUGAAAAAUGUAUUAGAACCUACCAUCUGUUUUUCAAGUCAUAAGGCAGCAUGCAAGAUUCGCAUCAACAUUUGGAGUGUGGACAUCCCUUGCUGUGGUACCACUUAACAGUGCAAAGUAGCAGCGUCAGAAAGCAAUAUCCGAGUAAAUGUCACGGGCAGAGGAUGUUUUCUUUCUUUUGUGGAGGAGUUGGGAGUGCUGGGGAUAGAACCCAGGGCCUUGUGCAGGUAGGCAAGUGCUCUGUUGCUGAGCUGUGUCCCAGCCCCAUGAAAAUAGUCUGUAUAGAUCUUUACAGGCUGCUGAAAUUAUUUAUUAAAUAAAUUUGUUUUUAUUUGAGUUACCCACUUAAGAAAAACCUGUAAGAAUUACUAGAGGUUAGAAAAAAUACAAGGGCAUACUUUGCCCACUGUUUAAAAGAAGAAUCAUAUUAUUCUCAGAUAUCUGGCUGAAAAAAGCUGUUUCAUAUUGUAUAAAUCAAGUUAUAAUAAUCUUUUGCAGUACUUACAUCACUAAAAGUUUCCAAAGAUCAUCUGAAACAUACUCAUUUUAUUCUGAAUUACACUGAAGAGCAAAAAGUCUUGUAAUCAAGCUCCUGACUAGUGUGUAAUAAAAAGAGACCUGAGCAUACUUCACUGCUGCUUGAAUUUCUAAGUAGGGCCUUAAAUUUUUCUGUAUUAAAGAGUGCUGAUUUACUGCCCAGGUUUAAAUCUUCAGUUCUAUAGAUAUAUAUCUGGCUUUCGGUGUUCUCUAUUGUUAUGUUUACAAUCAACACGUAACAUUACACUUCUCGGAAUGCUUGGUUGUGUGUUACUGUUUCCUUUACAGAUUAUUUUCAGGUAACUAUUUAGAGCUCAGAACAACUUGGCAGACUUGUUAUUAAUCACUUGAUGUUUUAAAGGUGCUAUCUCUUGUUCCACUUUGUCUCCUGUGCAGCUGAGCGUGUCCAUGAUCAAUAUAGGUUAGGUCACCACUCCUUCACAUGCUGUUGCGCUCCUUCAGUUUCAUCUUGAACUUUUAUAUGCAAGGGCUUUCCAGGGAGUUACAUCCCUUUGGUAACAUAGUACAAAAAUUCACAUUUAUUAUUAUUGUCUUAUGAAAAAAUACUUCCGAUUAUAUUUCUAAAAUUUGCAUUAAUUCAACUUGUACUGUUUCAAAGCAGCUGUAAUACUUUUCCCAUUCAAGUUGUGGAAUAUUUUGAAAUAGGAAUUGUCAUUAACUUCAAUAAAGAUGAAAAUGAAUUCAA